AUGUAUAUCCGCUACCUCUGUGUUGGCGCUUUACAACAUCCUCCUUUGGCAAUAAAAAUGGAAAAUACGGAUAUCUGUGAAAUUAGAUCGUUCUCCAAAACGGCUGUAAAUCUCAAUCUCUUGGCAGAGACCAUAUUGCAUGCUCCUUCGAUUUCUCCAUUCUCCGGGGUAGAUUCAAAAUCUACUUCUAGAGAUGCCUGCCCUCUUAAAAUGCGGUCGAUCGAUUCACCUAAUGCAAUUUUCACGCAUCAUAAGCAGGACGAACUAAUUGGUUUCCGGUCGAUCCUGCCUCCUGGCCAUUCAUAUUCUUUUGAUCAAGAUUUACAGCCUCAAAGAAGGAAGAAGCUUUGUGCAGACGAUAUUAUUCUUGAAAAGAAAAAGGCUCACAUUGUUUCUGAGCAGAAGCGUCGGCAAAACAUCAAUGACGGCUUUGAAGAGCUCAAGCAAAUAAUCCCAGCUUGCAGUGCCACUACGGAUUCUAAGGCUGUUAUUCUUAGAAAAGACGAUCUGCAGGAGCAAAUUAGAACUGCCGUGGACAAGAUUUCGAAUGAACUCAAUGAACUAGAGGCUAAAAGGCAAGAUGAAGAGAGACUAAGAGCUGCAGAACAUAUCCGUCUUUUGGUCAUACAAGAGCGACAGAAAAAAGAACGACAGAAAAACGAACAGCAGGAAAGAGAAAAACAGGAGCAAAAGCUUGUUGAGGCUACAAAAACUCAAGAAGCUCCGCAAACGAUUGGUACUGAGCUUUAUGGUGGAGCCACGAAGAACAAGCUUGAGGGUGAAGAAACAACGUCUCUAUAUGCAUCAAGAGUUAUAUAUUUUCUCUGGGCUGAAAGGAUAAACGGGCUAAAAGAGAUCGUAUUGGCGGCUGGCACUCAAAACGAACAUUUGCUUAAUUUCUGCCAGUUUUUCAUUUCAGAAAAAAUAUGCGACCAGGCAUCUAUACUGGCAGCAUCCCAUCUUCCUGCUGCCGUAUCAAUUGCACGAGUGUGCCAUGGCAUAUCGAAAUUUGGAAUCCUUCCAGACUUUCUUGUCAAAUUGCUGGGGACCCUAGCAUUUAGAUGUCCUCUAUUAAAUGGAUCAAACCCUUCUGGGUUUUCAUUUUCAAAACUUGGAUACAAAAUGAAACCAGAUGGCAUUUCAGUAAAUGAAACCAAUGAUUCUUGGAUCGAACGGAUGCGAGGAUACAUUUCCCUGUAUAUCGCAAUUCUUUUGUGCGACAAUUUUGAGCCUGGUCUGAGUUGGACCCUAUUGGUAUCGAUCCUAAAUCUUGACACCCCACAUCCAUGGAUUCCUUUCUUGUUAGUUUCUAUCCUUGAUGUUGGUUCGAUAUCCUUUUUUAGAUUAUUUCAAGGUUAUUAUUUGAAGCUUAUUUUGUUGGUAAAGGAGCAGCUCAUUCCCACUCUAAAGUCCACAAGCAUUGCAUUUUCUCCCAAAUCCUCGCUUCCAAGAUUAGAAAUUAUGGUAGAUGAGAUUUUACUAAAUCCAACUUCUGUCGGACUUGCUUUAUAG